GCUCCUGUCCCGUGCUUCUCAAAGUUCCCGGGUUUAAAGAAACGCAACGCGGAGUCGAAAAAACAAACGGCGACCAAAAAGAAAAAAAAAUAACCGGCGGAAAAUUCCGAUUGCGAUUCAUAACGUAUAUCAAUCCCGUUCGUCACGCUCCCGCUCGACUUUAAGUAGAAUCCAAAAUCUAAGCUCUCUCUUUCUGUAUCUCCAUGGAAGCUGCUUCGAGCAUUUACUCGACCUUCAUUCCCAUUAUAUUCACAUGUUUUAUACUGGUAAGCACUUUGGUUAUUUUCAGUAUAAACAUUGUUGAUGCAGAGAUAUCAGAUAGCAAAACAAUUGGAAGAGGACUCAAAGCAUAUCGGAAGCUGUAUGGCAGAAAGGAACUGGCAGCUUCCUCUGCUCCUCUAUUUUUCAAUGACAAUGAGAAGGAUAUUGACAUAAUUGCAACUUACAGCGAUGCUUCUGGGACUAUUAGAACAAGUAGGGUGAAAAUGACGGACCUUUCUGCUUCUUGGGUUCUGGAAAACCCUAUCGAUGGAGAUCCUAACAAACAAAAUGGCUCACAGAUAUUUAAACUGAAAGAUUCCUACCAAGCUAGCACCACAUCUGAAGAAAAUGCUGAACAAUUUAUUGGUGAUAACCAUUUGCAAGAAGUUGAAACUGAAAAGCGCCACCAGGCAUCAUGGAGCCCUGUCAAGUUCAAGCGCCAGAUGUUGCGGAAAAAAAGGAGGGAUCUCCGUACUAAAGAACUUGUCCGCCAAGUUACAGAGGCUGACAAGCAGAUGGAAGCAACAGCGGCUAUUGAGAACUUGAAAAAUAUGUACCCCGUUGUCAAGGGAAAAUAUAGUUUAUGGAGAAGAGAUUAUGAAAAUCCUAACUCUGAUUCUACCUUGAAGCUUAUGCGUGACCAGGUUAUUAUGGCCAAAGCCUAUGCAAACAUCGCUAGGUCUAAGAACCAAAACGAUCUUUACCAUUCUCUCUUGAAACAUGUUGGUCAAAGUCUCCGUGUUAUUGGAGAUUCUAAUUCUGAUUCUGAUAUUCAUACUAGUUCACUUGAUCAGGCAAAAGCAAUGGGCCAUGUUCUAUCUUUAGCAAAGGAUCAACUCUAUGAUUGCCGUACUGUUGCAAGGAAGCUUCGAGCCAUGCUCCAGUCAGCAGAGGAUAAUGUAGAUUCUUUAAAGAAAAGAAGUGCCUUCUUGAUUCAGCUAGCUGCAAAAACUGUCCCAAAACCAUUGCAUUGCCUACCUCUGCAGCUAGCUGCAGACUACUACUUUCAUGGAUAUCAGAACAGAAGGGAUUUGAACUUAGAAAAGCUUGAAGAUCCUUCGUUUUACCAUUAUGCCAUAUUUUCUGAUAACAUACUCGCAACAUCUGUGGUCGUCAAUUCUACAGUGCUGCAUGCAAAUGAGCCCGAGAAACAUGUUUUCCAUAUAGUGACUGAUAAACUUAAUUUUGCUGCAAUGAGAAUGUGGUUUAUCUUAAAUGCUCCUGACAAGUCAACAGUUCAGGUUGAGAACAUUGAUGAUUUCAAGUGGUUGAAUUCCUCUUACUGUUCCGUUCUACGACAACUUGAAUCUGCCAGAGUUAAAGAAUAUUAUUUCAAGACUCACCCAUCCUCUCUCUCUGUUGGGUCUGACAAUCUCAAGUACAGGAACCCAAAAUACUUAUCGAUGCUAAAUCAUCUUCGAUUCUAUCUUCCCGAAGUAUAUCCGAAACUCCACAAGAUCUUAUUUUUGGAUGAUGAUAUUGUAGUUCAGAAGGAUUUAACACCUCUUUGGGACGUGGAUCUGAAAGGAAUGGUGAAUGGUGCAGUGCAGACCUGUAAAGGGAGCUUUCAUAGAUUCGACAAGUAUCUCAACUUCAGCAACCCGAAAAUCUCUGAGAACUUUGACUCAGAUGCUUGUGGUUGGGCAUUUGGUAUGAAUAUUUUUGAUUUGAAGGAGUGGAAAAAUCGAAACAUCACGCAAAUUUAUCAUCAUUGGCAAGAUAUGAACGAGGAUAGAACUCUUUGGAAGCUUGGCACAUUGCCACCGGGACUGAUCACUUUCUAUAACUUGACCUAUCCACUGGACCGGGCAUGGCACGUAUUAGGACUUGGGUACGACCCUGCCCUCAACCAAACUGAGAUAGAAAAUGCAGCAGUCAUCCAUUACAAUGGAAACUAUAAGCCAUGGUUGGAUCUGGCUGUGGCCAAGUACAAGUCAUACUGGUCCAAAUAUGUAAGGCUUGAUAACUAUUACCUUAAACUCUGCUACUUUAGCGAAUAACAACAUUUCUUCUCUCCUUUUGCUUUCACUCUUGUAAUUCUUUUAUCAAGG